CAUAAAGAUGAGACUUCUAUUAUUGCCCGUCUCGCUGUUUUGCUGGUCGCUGGUCGCGGCCGUGCCUAUUCGAUCAAAAUAUGCUUUGGAAUACGAGUUGAGUCCCUCUCCAAAAUUGGAGAAGCGGUUAGAGACGGAAAAAGAGUCCCUGGUUCACUUAAAAGAAGCCAGUAAAAUCGACACUGAUACCGAGAAGCGUGAACACCAAUUUAUCAAUUACGAUCAUUUUGAUGAGGAUGAUGACUUCUACGGUAAAGACGAGAGUUAUGAGAAUCCGUGGACCAAGCAUGAACAAACCCAUCCGAAGGUAGAAAAGCUUGGCCAAAGUCAGUAUCAGAAAAAGCAAGCUGUCCGUUACGAGAAACGAGUAGACAAGCAAAGGGAGCUUAGUCAGGAAGUGAAGCAUGUGCCCAAGUUCAUCAAAAUGGUAGCCCAUGAAAGGUACGCAGAGGAUGACCAGUACAAAUACAAAUCAACUCCCUUGGAACGCGGUUAUCGCAAUGACAAAUUUGAAGAAAAGAGUGACAAAUACAUGGAUGGGUUCUAUGGAUAUGACGAUCACGGCGAAAGAAAACAGGAUAAAUUCGACCAAUACGGGCUUGAAAUAUAUCAGCCGAAAUAUGGUAAGGUUAAAGAAAACUACGAAGACGAGUAUGGGAAAUACGAGCGCGAGUAUAGCGACAAACACGGUGAUUUCUAUGACAAAUAUGAAUUCGACUACGAUGAUAAGUACGGAAAACUUGACGACGAUUAUGACGAGAAACAGUCCAAACACAGAAAUCCAUAUACUAAAAAGGGUGGCAAGUAUGACAGGGUCUACGACAAAUACGGUGAUGAAUACGACAGUGCGUACGAUGAUGAAUAUGGAAGGAAGCACAGCAGAUCGCUUGGUAAAAACUGGGGUAGUGAAGAUAUAGGUUAUUUUAACCCCCAUAAAGAGUACGAAGAUAAUCACAAGAACAGAUAUAUCCGGUCCUAUGGUAAAUAUGGUGGCAAGUAUGACAAGUUAAAUGACGGAUAUGGAGGUAGAUAUGAGAACAAAUACGAAGAGGGGGAGAAGGAUGGUUAUGCUCAAUCAUAUACCAAGUCGGAUAUUGAGUACGGUAAGCCGUACGCAUAUGAUGACAGCAGGUACAGUGAAGAAUUUGGAAAGUAUGCUAACGACAGUGAGGAUACCUACGAGGACGAGGAACAGUAUGACAGCAAAUAUGGCAAGAGUGUUGACAAAUAUGAUGAAAAGUUCGAUAACAACUAUGGCGCAUAUGAAAAUAGUUACUCGGAGAAUUAUGAAGAUGACAAAUCAAUUGGUAAAUACAACUAUUAUGAUAAAUACAGCCAACCGAAGAGAAGAUGGGGCCAUAGUUAUGCCGGGUAUUAGAUGGUUUAUCCGGCUGGCAAGUGACAUUGGACCUGCUACAUUUUUGAUCUAUUCUACCACUUGUGAUAUCAAAGAAUUUAACCUCCUU